CACUGCUUGUUCUUCUUAGUCUCUUUCUGACCACUUUGGCAGCAAAACCCAAAGGACCAGGCCAUACACAUCUAAACUCCAUUCGUAUCGAUGGAGACAUCUCCCUGGGAGGACUGUUCCCAGUGCAUGCAAGGGGCCAUGGUGGAAAGCCCUGUGGAGAACUGAAAAAGGAGAAGGGAAUUCAUCGUCUGGAGGCAAUGCUUUUUGCUCUGGACCGCAUCAACAAUGACCACGACUUGCUUCCCAACAUCACACUGGGGGCCCGUAUUCUGGAUACUUGUUCCCGAGAUACACAUGCUCUGGAGCAGUCGCUAACGUUUGUCCAGGCACUUAUAGAGAAGGAUGGGAUGGAUGUGAAGUGUGCCGAUGGUGGAUCUCCCAUCAUCACAAAGCCAGAGAGAGUUGUAGGUGUCAUCGGUGCUUCUUCUAGCUCAGUGUCCAUAAUGGUGGCUAAUAUCCUGCGUUUGUUUAAGAUCCCCCAGGUGAGCUAUGCAUCCACGGCACCAGAGUUGAGUGACAACACACGCUAUGACUUCUUCUCUCGAGUUGUUCCUCCAGACACUUACCAGGCCCAGGCUAUAGUGGACAUAGUGCGCCACAUGGGCUGGAACUAUGUGGCCACUGUUGCCUCAGAAGGAAAUUAUGGAGAAAGUGGAGUGGAUGCCUUUAUCCAGAAGACCCGUGAUGAUGGAAAUGUAUGUAUAUCACAGACAGUUAAAAUUCCUCGUGAGCCAAAACCAGGAGAGUUUGACAAGAUUAUCCACACCCUUGGAGAAAAUUCUAAUGUCAGAGUGGUCAUAAUAUUUGCAAAUGAAGAUGAUAUAAGGCGACUCCUACAGGCAGCAAAGAAAGCUAACCAAACAGGACAUUUUAUUUGGGUGGGAUCAGACAGCUGGGGUUCUAAGAUCUCUCCUGUGCUACACCAAGAGGAGAUGGCUGAGGGAGCUAUCACCAUCCUACCCAAACGCCAGUCUAUCAAAGGGUUUGAUAAUUACUUCAUCGGGCGAACGCUGGAAAACAACAGGAGGAAUGUCUGGUUUGCUGAAUUCUGGGAGAACAAUUUUAACUGCAAACUCAACCGCAAUGCCUUGAAGAAAGGAACUGGCAUUAAGAAAUGCACAAAUCAAGAGAGGAUUGGGAAAGAUUCUGCAUAUGAACAGGAGGGUAAAGUGAUGUUUGUGAUUAAUGCUGUGUAUGCCAUGGCCCAUGCCCUCCAUAACAUGCACAGAGACCUGUGCCCUGGAAAGGUAGGACUUUGCUCCAAAAUGGACCCUAUCGAUGGAAGCCUCCUUCUUAAGUACAUCCGCAAAGUCAAUGUCACAGUGACAGCUGGCAAUCCAGUGCAGUUUAAUGAGAAUGGAGAUGCCCCAGGUCGUUAUGAUAUAUUCCAGUAUCAGAUAAAUAACAAAACCACUGAGUACAAAAUCAUUGGCAACUGGACUGACAAACUCAACCUUAACAUCUCCAUGAUGCAGUGGCCGGGUGGUGUGCAGCAGGUGCCCUACUCCAACUGCAGCCAACCCUGCAAGCCAGGCUGGCGGAAAAAGCUUGUGAAAGGCAUUCCCUGCUGUUGGCACUGUGAGCGUUGUGAAGGCUAUCAGUACCAAGCUGACCCAUUCACUUGCAAGAUGUGUCGCUUUGACCUUCGCCCAAACAAGAACCACACAGGCUGCCAGCCCAUCCCUAUCAUCAAGCUGGAAUGGAGCUCACCCUGGGUGGUCAUACCUGUUUUUCUUGCUAUUCUGGGCAUCAUGGCUACACUGUUUGUAGUGGUCACUUUCAUACGCUACAAUGAUACACCAAUUGUUAAGGCAUCAGGACGGGAGCUCAGCUAUGUCUUACUGACAGGCAUUUUCCUUUGCUAUGCUACCACUUUCCUGAUGAUUGCCACUCCUGAUGUUGGGAUUUGUUCAUUCAGACACAUUUUUCUUGGCCUUGGAAUGAGUAUAAGUUAUGCUGCAUUGCUUACCAAGACCAACCGCAUUUACCGUAUUUUUGAGCAAGGGAAGAUGUCCGUGAGUGCCCCACGGUUCAUUAGCCCAGCCUCCCAGUUGGUUAUCACGUUCAUCCUGAUCUCACUCCAGCUCUUGGGAGUGUGUAUCUGGUUUGUGGUAGACCCUCCCCAGGCUUUUGUGGACUAUGAAGACCAACGCAUGUCAAACCCAGAUAUGGCACGAGGUGUGCUCAAGUGUGAUAUCUCAGACUUGUCACUCAUCUGCCUGCUGGGAUACAGCAUGCUGCUGAUGGUCACAUGUACGGUCUAUGCCAUUAAGACACGUGGGGUGCCUGAGACCUUCAACGAGGCAAAGCCUAUUGGCUUCACCAUGUACACCACCUGCAUCAUCUGGCUUGCAUUUAUCCCCAUCUUCUUUGGCACUUCACAAUCAACGGAAAAGAUGUACAUCCAGACGACCACUCUUACCAUUUCAGUCAGCCUGAGUGCCUCUGUGUCCCUGGGAUUGCUCUACAUGCCCAAAGUCUAUGUGGUGCUCCUCCACCCUGAGCAGAAUGUGACUAAACGCAGCACUCGUAGCCUGAAGGCCGUGGUCACUGCCGCCACAAUGUCCAACAAAUUCAACCCCAAGGCCAACCUCAGACCCAAUGGAGAGGCCAAGACUGAGCUGUGCGAGAACCUGGAAACUCAAGGACUUAGCCCCAGACAAACAUACAUCAGCUACAGCAACCACACAAUGUAACAGAAUGCAGAUUGCAACUGACAACCAUCACAUCAUGAUGACAGGAAGUCAGACCAUCACAGUUGACUACUCUCAUGGUUUUCAUACAGACAAGUGAUAUGGAAGAGAACCUGGGCAGUAUAGAGAAAUAUUCUAGUGAAGACUAGAUAAAGAUCCUAAGGGGACAUCUUUAUGCCUCAGGACAUGACUCAUAACUUUAUCUAGUUAUUCCAAAGGAUCUGCCCAGCAGAAAAGCACAAGAAGCAAGUCUAGGUCACUGCUAUGGACCUCAGUGAUCAGAUGAGUUUCAGUGCAAACAAAGCAAGAAACCUCCUGGAAAAGGACUUACAAAUUGUUAUGAACAGUGGUGCAUGUGUUAAAC